AUGCGCGUAUGUUCAACAAGUGAUGUUGAACAGGGUGACAUUCAUACAGUGACAGACUGGACCACCCUCCUCCGUUUCGCGACAGACUUCGAGCUCAUGACAGUCCGCAACCUCGCCAUCAAGAGACUCUCCGCCAUAGCAUCUCCUGUCGACAAACUCGUCGAAGCGGUCCACUCCAACGUCCAGGAAUGGAUCGUUCCGAGCUUUGUCGAGCUUUGUAUGCGGCCGAAGUUCCUUACGUUGGAGGAAGGUCUGAGGCUUGGAGCUCGCGAUUUACAUUUCAUCGCGAGUUCGAGGGAAGAGAUGCAAGGCCGUUAUUCUAUGCCCACCUUGCACGAGCAGGACGUUUUGGGGCUGGUAAGGGAGAAGCUAGGCCUCCUUGCUGACACGAGGCCUCAACCUUCCGAUCAAUAUAGUCAUCCUGUCCUGUAG